CCUCUCUUUCUGCUCCAUCUACUUCCUUUCUUAAAUAAGAAAAACUAAUUUCCUCCUAUGUCUCUCACACUCGUCUAAUCUUAAAAUCUGUUGCCGCGAACGGAGGAGAGAUGUACAGCUCACUUGAAACGACGGCUCUGGCGACGUUGUCACCGCGAGUUAUUGGAAGAGAAUCAUCGGAGAAAGACAUGUCAAUGACUGGAGGAGACAAACUGAUACUAAAAGGGCUAAAGUUCUACGGUUACCAUGGAGCGAUUCCAGAAGAGAAGACUUUGGGGCAGAUGUUUCUCGUUGACAUUGAUGCGUGGGUGAGUCUUAAAAGGGCUGGUGAAUCAGACAACUUAGAUGACACUAUCAGCUACGUUGACAUUUUCAGCAUAGCUAAAGAAAUUGUAGAAGGGUCUCCAAGAAACCUUCUGGAGACAGUCGCGGAACUCAUCGCGUCCAGAACUCUUGAAACGUUUCCUCGUAUAACCGCUGUUCGGGUGAAGGUAUCGAAGCCAAAUGUUGCACUUGUCAAGACUACUAUUGAUUACUUAGGGGUUGAGAUUUUCCGACAGCAAAAGCAUUGAUUCAAUGAACCGAAUCCUCUGUCGUUACAAAGAGAAUGGUAUCCAAGAAAUUAUGAUAUUUGUUUCAAAACAAAACUUCAAAACUUUUAGGAAUUUGAAGAAUUAAAUAAUGAUAUUUCUUUCGUAUCA